AUGUUGCUUGCUCCUCUAAGGUGCUUGAUCCUGGAAAUAGAGAAGUCUUCUAUUCUCGGAGGUCGGAUUAUAGAGAAACUGCACCCAUGUCUGAUCAUCACUCCUCUAGACUGCUUCUGGGAAGGUGCUAAGCUACAUUCAGGAAUGGUCUACCUCCCUGGCAAAGACCAAGUGCAGUGGACCAACUUUGAUCCGAUGGGAUUCAUUGCUGAGCUGAAGAUGCUGAAGUAUCCGGUGGACAGCUGGGAGGAGAUGCUGGUCAAAGCAGAGGUGGGUCAUGGCUAUAUGGACCGCCCCUGCCUGAAUCCCGCGGACCCCGACUGCCCGUUGUCAGCUCCCAACAAGAACAUGACACAGCCUUUUGACGUGGCUCGUGUUCUGACUGGUGGCUGCUAUGGGCUUUCCAAAAAGUACAUGCAAUGGCCACGUCUGAGACUGAUUGAGAUUCAUAAAGCUGUCCAGCAGAGUGUGUCAGUAAAUUCGUCUCAGAAAGUUCUCACGUUCACCACCACCACCCUGGAAGACAUCCUUAAGUCCUUCUCUGAUGUCAGUGUGAUCCGUAUCGCCAGUGGCUACCUCCUAAUGGUAAACUAA